AUGGACUGGAACAUCGCCGAUAACUAUGAGGUGACCUCCAGCACCCUCCAGUCAGCGCGGCAAAGCCCCCUGGUGGGACCUCCACCUGCGGCGACUCCAGAAUCGGUGUCUGCCCAGAUGUACCAAGCAAGGGUGGCCUUUUUUGAGGUCAGCCGAUCUGCAGAGUCCUGCAUGAAUAAGCGCACCGCUACUUUCAAGACUUUGCUAGCAAAGUACAAGAAGCUGGAGGCGGAGCACGAGGCCUUGAAAGCCGAUCGCGAGAGCCAGACCGGGGAUAAUGCGCAAGUGGCGGAGCUCCUGAAGCGCGUCACCAAAGUCCAAGAUGAGAAGACUCAGCUAGCCGAGCAGCAUCAGGAGGAAGUGGCCCGGUUGCAAGCACAAGUCGCGGCACAGGCCGAGGCGCAUAAGACCGAGGUGGGUCAACUCACCUCGGCCCUCUCUACCCAGGCCGAUGAAAAGAUCCGCCUGGAGAGCGAGGUACAGAAAUGCAAGGGUCUGGUCGCCGAGAUUGAGACCCGCGCCACUGCCGUCGAGAGGGAGGAUGCUGAGAAGAGCCGGCUGCUUAAGGUUGUCCGGCAUGAGGUCGUCAAGAUCGACAAUAUGCUGAGCAAAUUUUUCCCACAAUCGGUCGAGACCGCCCAAGCUGCCAUGACCAAGGUGCGCAGGAAGAGGGAUCCAGCAGGAACGACCCCCUUUGAAUACGAUUUAGUGGAUUAUCUGGUCAGCAUUGCUAGUCGGGUAAAGCCUUUGAAGUCGUUCGGGGUUAACAUGCUGAAUGCCGGCAUCUGGGCCUUCCGAGCUCUAUGGCCAGGAGAAGAAGCUCCGACCGGCAUCCCGGAACUGGCGACGCAGCUUCUCGAGGUGAAGGAUCGCCUCAACGAUUGGCGGGAGUCAGCCGCACGCGUCGGCGCCGACGAGGCGUUGUCGUUCGUACUAUCUUGGUACGAUGGCAUCAACCUCGAUGUGCUGCAAUCGAUGCGAGCCGGCUCCCCCUAUCUCUCGGAUCCUGAGCUGAUCGCCAAGCGUAAAGAGCGGGCCUACUCCUUCAUUCAGUAUGCUGAUGUGCAUAAGUUUGUAGAGGGCCCGACAUCCGAGGCAGAGGCCGAGAUGGCCGAUGAAGAUGAAGAAGAAGCAGUUGAUGAGGAAAUUGUCGUCGAGUCGGCGUCCACCGCCACGGAUGCUCCGAGUUCUGGCGCCAACAAUCCCUCCAUCUCUUCUUAG